AUAUGAUGCCGUUAUAUUGUUGUUUUUUUCAUGCUAAUGAACAUUUGGCAUCAUUAUGCCACCCCUUUGUCAAGUAUUAUCCUGUCUCUUCAGUGCAGUGUACAAAGACAGACAUUUCUCCUGUGAAGACUGUGAUGGGACUGUCAGUGGCGGUUUUGAUGCAACAUCAUCACAAGUAUGAAAGCUAGAACCAUUUCCUUUGUGUACAGGUUCAAAUGCCAUGCUGUGUACUUUGUAUCACAUCUGUAAGAUACCAAUUGUUUUUCCCCCUCCCCAAUUCUAGAUUGUUUUGUGUCAGAAUAAUAUUCACCAGCAGUCCCACAUGAACCGAGUGGUUACACAUGAGCUCAUCCAUGCCUUUGACCACUGCCGGGCGCAUGUAGAUUGGUUUAACAACUUCAAGCACUUGGCCUGCUCAGAGGUGAGACCAAGAGAUAAACAUGCAUGUUAUGGGGGAAUGCAUUGUGUUUGUGCUCAGUUUUAAUUGUGUUUUAAAGGAAGUCAUGUUAAUUGUUUGGCUCUUAUUUUUCAGAUUCGUGCAGCCAAUCUCAGUGGGGAUUGCUCCUUCCACAAUGAAGUAUCGAGGUUCAACUUUGGCCUCAAGAAGCACCAUCAGGUAAUAUCAGGAGAUAAUGUGAAUUCACUGCAACCAAAAUUGCAUUCUUAUUUGUAUGUAUUUCAGUCAAAACUGGUAUCCUUCAUGGUGUAGCAUAACAUGAUUUUUCCCAUCCUGUGAAUUGGUAUGUUUGAAUUGACAACCGGUUUAGUUGAAACUGUAGUUGAAAGUAAUGGCAAGUAUAGCACUGCCUUUUUCAGUGCUUAGUGAUUAACAAGAAGUGUUUAUGAUGGCCAAUAUUCACAUGAAGAACUCCCUACCUAACCCAUCCCACUACUACCUAACAGGAAUGUGUUCGGGGACGUGCCUUGCGCUCCAUCCUUGCUGUUAGGAAGGUGAGCCGAGAGGAGGCGGAGAAAGUAGUGGACGAGGUAUUCGAUACCUGCUUCAAUGACCACGCCCCCUUCGGCCGCAUCCCACAUGACAAGAAGGACGCCAAGUUUGCCUACAGAGAUUUUGAGAACCGAGAUCGGUAUUAUGCAAACCUUUAAUGUGUUAUUACGUGCACAGAUUAAUUGUAAUUUAAUUUCCAUGGGUGCUAUUGUGAGGAUCCUUGCAGAAAGCUGGGCAACUACCACUACCCUCAGCAGAAUGACUGUGUCAAAAAUGGUAUGAAAUUACCUCCUGAGGGGAAAUAUUCAGAGUUCUUUCUCUCUGUCAUUUUAAAUAAAUCAAAGGAUAUAAUACAUUAUAUGUUUUUAUAGCACACUUUUGUGGACUCUAAUGCUAUAACUAAAGAAUGUGAUGGAGUGGUUUCCUUUUGGAAAUUGAAAAACGUGUCCCUAAUAUUUUUUUUGUCAUCCUUUUAGAGGUUCCAAAGUUGAUGUUUAUGCAGGGUAUAUGAUGCCUGUAAAACGUAUUUCGAGACUGAAAGGUGGGGACGCCCCUCUACUCUUUGCCAUGUGGACAUACAAUUACUGAGAACUGGGAGUUCACUGUAAAUAGAUGUUAUUGUAUUGUAUUGAAUUAGUCAACUUGUUGAAAUAAAUAUUUGAUUAU